AUGACUAGAAAGAAAGUUAACCUUACUUACAUUCUCAAUAAUAGUGCAAGAAGAAACACAUACGAGAAAAGAAAACUUAGUGUUAUGAAGCAACUAGAUGAAAUCACCACUCUGUGCGAUGUUGAAGCUUGUACCGUCAUCUAUAGUGACCUUGAUCCCCAACCUGUUGUUUGGCCGUCUAUGGAUGAAGUACGGAGACUCAUUACAAAGUACCAGAGUUUUCCGAAGGUUGAUCAAGGAAAACGAAAGGUCAAUCAAGAGACCUUUACGAGGCAGAGGCUCCAAAAGAUACAAGAAAAAACUAGAAGACAGGAAAGAGAGAAUCAUCAUAAUGAGAUGACUCGUAUCUGUUUCAAUCCAUGGAUGAAUCCACAACAUGCUAUGUCAGGCCUGAAUACCGAAGAAGAUUUCAAGGAGCUGGCUAGAGUUAUCAGUCAGAACAUGAUGAGUUACAUGAAUUUCCAACCUCCCAACUUGGAAUUUCAGCCUGCAAACAUGGAAGUUCAACCUCUACCAUCUGAUUUCCAGCAAAAUAACAUGCCAUACAAUGAUCCUAACAUGGAAUUUCAGCCUCUUCCAUCUGAUUUCCCGCAGAAUGGCAUGCCAUACCCAAGCAACCCUCCUCCAUUUCCUCACUAUCAUAACGAAGACAUGAGGCCACAUGAUCCAUCUUCACAUUAA